GUGUCGAUGCACAGAAUUCGGCUGGACCGGCAAUUUACAGUCACAGAUGUCCUUGCACAACUGAAGACAAAGGUGGAGCUCUCUCACCCGGAAGUACAGCUGCGGCUGCUGGGGGUGUUUCCUGACAAGAUGUGCCAAAUUUUGCCGCACACUGAGAGGAUUGAGAACAUUGAUUCCCAGAAGUGGGCCAUUCAUGCUGAAGAG